AGUGCAGCCUGAGUGCUGCAGCUUGUGUGGUUAGGACAGACAACAUGCUUUGUAUCAGUAGUAAACAUAGGUAACAAAAAAUAGGGAUGCAUUUCAGAGCCCUGUUAACAUUUAUGUCUUCAGCAUACGUUGAGAUGUUGCUUUAUUUUGAAGACACUCAUGAAUUUGGUGAGCAGUGUGCUUCCCAAGCAGUGCUUCCCAAAUGGAGCCCCUUGCUGUGAUCUCCACGUGUUGCUGGAAUGUAAUUUAUUAUUCUGUGCUUCAUUAAACAAGCCCAUUAAUUUUCUCCUGAUGGUCUUCAGGAGGUACCAGGCACUCUUCCUGGUUUAAACAUUGCUCCAGGCUGCUUCACCUCAUGGUGGAGGGAAGUGCUUUCACUUAACACUCUGUCACCUGUAAAUCAUGUACAUGUGCAAUACGAAGGGCUGCAUUCUCUUCUGUGGUUAUGCCACUGAUAAGAAUAACAAACACCAUUGUCCCUCGUUAGGCUUUGUAUUCCUGAUUGCACUCUGCAGCCUCUGCCUUAGAUAGAGGAUUGUUUAAUUACUUAAUAUAAUGAUAGGAAUUUUCACUUGCUUUUUCAAAGCCACCACCACCAAAAAAAUAUAAUCUGGAAGCAGGAGCUAUAGAAAGUGAUUUUUUUCCUUAAGGGAAGGGGCAAAGAGCAGCCACAGCAGCAUUGUCUGGGACAACUCGGGUUUGGAAGAAGAAUUCAGAUGUGGACAGCAGCAAGGGUUUACCCAUGAAGUUUUAUAUUCCUAACAAAAUUACCACCUGCUAAUCCCAAACUUGAUUUCUUCCCUCCCUGCAAAUGCAACAGGGCAAAUGCAGCGUUUCUGAGACUUAAGGUAAAAAGCAAAGUUUGGUUUUUUGUCUUGAAAAGAAGCCAUAAAACUUCACCAGGUGCUUUUCUCUUUCUCCAGUGCUCUACAGAUACCUAGUUCAGAUGCAGUUAAUGACAGGAGAGUGCAGCUGGUUUAAAUCACAUCACCAUUGCAAAAUGUGGAGCAUGUGGCCCAGGAUACGCAACUCCUCUGGAUGCCAUGAAAGGUCCCCGGGAGGAGAUUGUGUACCUGCCUUGUAUCUACAGGAACACUGGGAUAGAGAAGCCUGACUACCUGGCCACUGUGGAUGUUGAUCCCAAAUCUCCACACUACUGUCAGGUGAUCCAUCGCCUGCCCAUGCCCAAUCUGAAUGAUGAGCUCCAUCAUUCAGGGUGGAACGCCUGUAGCAGCUGCUUUGGGGAUGCCACCAAGAGAAGGAACCGCCUGAUUCUACCAAGUUUGAUCUCUUCUCGAAUUUACGUGGUGGAUGUGGGAACAGACAUGCGAGCUCCUAGAAUCCAUAAGGUUGUUGAGUCAGUGGAGUUAUACCAGAAGGGUAAUGCGGGUAAUCCUCACACCUCUCACUGUCUGGGCAGUGGUGACAUCUUAAUCAGCUGUUUGGGAGACCCUUCUGGCAAUGGAAAAGGUAGCUUUAUAUUGCUGGAUGGAGAGACCUUUGAAGUGAAAGGAAAUUGGGAGAAUGGGAAGAAGGUGCCUUCCCUGGGUUACGACUUCUGGUACCAGCCACGGCACAAUGUCCUGAUGAGCACUGAAUGGGGAGCCCCAAAAGCCUUGGUAGAUGGGUUUAACCCAGCUGAUAUAGAGAAAGGGCAUUAUGGUGGCCACAUUAACGUGUGGGACUGGAGCACUCACACCUACAUUCAGACAAUUGACUUAGGGAAGGGCUCCAUACCUUUGGAGAUUCGAUUCCUCCACAAUCCGGAUGCUGCAGAAGGGUUUGUGGGAUGUGCUCUGAGUGCUGCAGUUCAUCGGUUCUACAAGACAGAGAAAGGAGACUGGGCAGCAGAGAAGGUGAUUGAAGUCCCCAGCAAGAAGGUGCAGGGAUGGCUUCUCCCUGACAUGCCUGGUCUUAUUACUGACAUCCUCAUCUCGCUGGACGACAGGUUCCUGUAUUUCAGCAACUGGCUGCACGGGGACGUCCGCCAGUACGACAUCUCCAACACCCGCAAGCCCAAGCUGGUGGGGCAGGUGUUUCUGGGAGGCAGCAUCACAAAAGGUGGGCCUGUAACUGUAGUGGAAGACAAGGAAUUGCAGUGUCAGCCAGAGCCAUUUGUGCUCAAAGGGAAGAGGGUGCGAGGUGGACCUCAAAUGCUUCAGCUGAGUUUGGAUGGGAAGAGAUUAUAUGUCACCAACUCUCUCUACAGUGGAUGGGACAAGCAGUUCUACCCAGAUCUUGUCAAGGAAGGCUCUGUUAUGCUGCAGAUUGAUGUGGAUAAUGAAAAAGGUGGAUUGCAAGUGAAUAAAAACUUCCUAGUGGAUUUUGGGAAGGAACCUGAUGGGCCUGCCCUGGCUCAUGAGGUUCGUUACCCUGGUGGAGACUGUACCUCUGAUAUCUGGAUGUAAUGGUUGUCUGGAGCUGGUUUCA